AAGUCCGAAACUCACUUCGUAAAGGGUGCAUCCCCGACCGCUGCGCCUCAUCUCCUUUCCCAUCUCCGCCUCCUCCGAACCUUUCCAGCACACGGCAAGCACAAAAUCGGACGCGACAACAUUGGGAAUACGAUUACGCGCACGACUCGAUAUGUCGACCAGGAGCGCAGAACCUGAGUCACGCGACAAUUCACCAGACCAUGACGAUACGUCAGAGAAGCGCGCAAGUAAGAAGCGUAAGGUGCUUUCAUGCUAUGCGUGUCGCAACCGUAAAAUGAAAUGCGAUCGUGUAUAUCCAGUCUGCGGGCGGUGCCAAAAGACAGGCAGGGCUGACCAAUGCUCAUAUGAUCCACGACUCCUCGAAGAAGCACACGUGCAACCUGGCCAGCCGCUGACUAAUGCGAACACAAUGUUCACUAUGCAUGACAGUGGUGUCAAUGAAGACUAUACCAAGGAUGAUGCUCCAGAAGCCUUACGUUGGAUGCUUAGGAUGCAAGAGCGCAGGAUUGGGAUGUUGGAAAAGGCGCUCACAACGACAUCCAAGAGCGGCAACCCGUCGCAGCUGAAGGAUAUAUCUGUGAAAGAGCCUGAGAUGACGGAAGAGAUGAUGUUCAGAGGCAAAGGGUUCAAGACGCAGUUCCACGGCACAACGAGCGUGAUGAGCAUGAUUUCUCAGUACCGUGACCUACAAGCUUUCACUCGUCAGACGCUAGCAGUUGACAACUCGAUGUUACGAGUCAAGAAAGAUUUCAAGGCUUUCCGAGACCGGAGAAAAGUAUUGAUGAAGGAGAGAAUCGCAAGGACGUACGGUACAGAUGAGGAGAUCUUCGCGUCACUCCCGCCAAAACACGAGCUUGACGUUCAAGUCGCACUAUACUUUCGCACCUACGAAAACACGUACCGGAUAUUGCAUGAGCCAACGUUCUGGCAGGAGUACAACAGCUUUUGGGAACGACGAGAUGACAGACAAGCUGGCUUUGCUACCAUUCUGGUGCUCAUCGCCGCAACCAUGAAAUGUUCCACGGUCAAAGACGAUGUUUUCGUUGGCGACAGUACCUCAGACCGAGACGCGGCAUCCAAUCUCAUCGAAACAUGCGAGAUGUGGCUGAAUAGGCAACCGCGAAAGCGGCUCACACUACCAUUCUUCCAGCUUCAGUGUCUGGCUUUGCUCGCGAAGAGAACAAAUUGCGUCAAGUUGAAACAAGAUUGGUUGACUGCAGGUGAUGUUGUGCGUCUAGCUCUCGCGUCUGGAAUGCAUCGCGACCCGUCUUUACUCAGCAUCGGCCGGAUUUCUGAGUAUGAGAAGGAAAUGAAGAAACGCCUGUGGUACACUAUCGCAGAGCUCGAAAUUCAAUCCUCAAUUGACAAAGGCAUACAAUCCUCUUUGACUGGGUUGUUUUUCGAUACACCACCGCCUUCCAACCUGCCAGAUGAGGUAUUCUCGCUUGAGACCAGAGAGAUGCCAGUCAGCCGACCUAUCGAAUGCUUCACGUCGACAUCAUAUCUGAUCGCCGCGCAGCGAUCACUGCCACUGCGGAUUCAUCUUACUCAGCUUUUGAACAAUCCGUCGAGUCAAUUGCAUUAUACCGACGUUGUCCAUUACGACGAACAGCUCAUGGCCGCUCUUUCUGAGCAAUUGGUAUGGACAGACUCGCGUGCAACAAUACCUCUGGCACUGCUUGGAUUCCAGCUUCGACAAUAUCUACUCGUGCUGCAUAGCCCGUAUGCCAAACGAGCAUCCUCGGAGAACCGCUUCGCAUAUUCCUUUACUGCUACAGUAGACGCAGCAAGCUCCAUCAUUAGCACUCAUGACGAACUUGCUUCGCAAGGGAUCCUCAUCCUCAAUCAUCUCCGUAAUGAUGUGGUCCGUGUCGGCAUGACACUCUCACAAGUCGCUGCUUUCAAUUGCACAAGACAUGAGUUCAUGCCAUCGGGACUCCCCACAAUGCGCGAUCAAAGCCAGCUGGUAGACCCUAACAGACACAUUGCAGAUAUUCCCUCGUUAAGUAGCGAUGUUCCUUUCAUGAACAAGGGAGGGUUCGCCCCUCCAAGUCAUAAAUCGUACCUCGCAGUCCUUCCACACGAAUUCCUUCCACGGACCUUGAUCAAGACCUCCAUCGAUAUUCUCGAGCGCACUCUUCAACUUUUCGAGCGCAAGGUAAUGCGCAUUGGCACAGGUUACAUGGAAUACUGGCUCCUUAGUGCAGCAAUCGGCAUGCUCCCGCCGCUGACUCCGCCUCCUCGAACAUCGUCUUCAAUUACGCAUCGCAUCAGCAACGAAGACGAAGUGCGCGAGCGCUGCAAAACUGCUCUCGAUCGCUUCACAAACCUUGCGUUUCGCGUUCUGGCGAUGCAACGUGAUCCGAAGAACAGCCUUGCCGCAGGACUGAGGGCCAGCAUGAGCGGGAGUAGUCCGAGUGAGGCGCGGACUCCGAGUGAGUCGAGAGGAACCAUACUCUCGAGUCGGUCGGCUGGAAGCUUUGGUACGAAAGGCGUAGGGGCCUUUACGAGCAGUACUAGCAGUCAUUCUGGACACGGUAUGAUUGGAGAUAUGCCGUUCCCGCCCAUGAAUGAAGGUUCGAGCAGCAACAAGACCCCAGAUAUUAUGAACAGCAACUUCGAUCCUCUCGAGGAUAUGGACGUGGAUUUGAGCGGGUGGACCUUUCCUGAUUUCUGGACAUUUGACUUGGCAGGCGACUUCUAAGCGCAGGAGGCGCGGCACAUACUCAACCUAUUACCUCACAUAGUCUAACAAACAGACACUCUUCACAUGCCUAGAGAAAACGGUUCUCAUGCUCAGCAUCCAAUAGCAACAUCAGCCGAGUAUUCAGCCCUGGCUUAUCAGCAGCCACAUGACGUCGCG